UGGCGCUGCACGACCGGCACUCGCGCACAUGACGUCUCGUUCGCGACCGUAAAAAACGCAUUGUAAAUUCGCGUUUGAAUUUUCGACCUUCGAAUCAAUACGUUAUUUUAUUUUCAAACACUCAAUUCGUCUUUCGUGAGCUCAAUACAUUUUCGUUAAAACCGUUUUUUUAUAAAUGUGAUGCAAAAAUCUUUUGGAUACAAAAGCCAGUGGAUUUCGACAGAUGUACUUGGAGUCUAUCAAAAGUGAUCACCGGUAAUGUUGAAGUGGACUGUGGCCGGACAACGGGGCGGUGCAGGAGGGUGGAGACAGGCGGCCGACGAACCGACGUCCUGUUAUUCAGACAAACCAAAGCGAAGGAGGCCUUCAAGGAUAUCCGACACACAGGAUAAGGAAAACUCGACAUGCGCGGAAGUGACUCCGGUAAAGACGUGUCGCCGUCGACGUCGAGAAAGCCUGAGGGACUUGAGCAACCACAAGAGCCCGGGAGCCGCGUCCCCGGCCAGGAAAAACAAGAGUCCUUGCAUAGAAACCCAUUGGAUACCCGUUCAAAAAAGGCGGUCCGGGGAAGACAUAUGGACGGACCGGGUGAAGCGCAAGAAACCUUGUACGACAGACCAUGUGAUUGGCGGCGGCGAUAGUACCAGUACAACGCCAGCGGACGGACACUUGUGCGUGUCGAUGUCGCCGACGGACGAACCGAUACAACUGCUGCAUAAAGAGUUACCGCGGUUACCGCAGCGGCCCGCUGACGAUCUGCAUGCGUCUAGGCUCAUCGACCAAUACAUGGACCAGAUCCGCAUGGAGGACUGCACGUUCGUGGACGGCAACGCCCGUGACAGGUUGAGCAUCGUUUCGCCGCUGGCCAAGAGGCUGGCUGAAAUCCGAUUGCGUAAAUCGUCGCCGUUGAAACGCAAGUGGUCCGACGAACCCGCGCCGCCCUGCAAGCGACCCAACUUGGGCGCCCUGACGUUGCCCAACGGUCUGCCCAGCCCGUUCACCCCGCACACGAUGGUACCGCCCAGUCCUAUAACCCCGCUGCGGCGGGAUCCCGACGAGUCGGACGACUACUGGAAAACGCCCGUGGGACCGGUAAUCAUCGCUGGGGACAGCCUGUCCACUACCUCGUCCAAAACCGUCGAGGACGAGCUCAUCUGCUGCGAUCCCAGAAGUCCCACGAUGCUCGACGAAACGUUUACCCUCAAAUCCAGGAGAUGUUUGUCUUUCGUGUCACCCGUUUCGGAUUCACCGGCCAGGCGGAAAAACCGGAGAUCCGUUAAAAAGAAUACCGACAAAGCUUCUGGAUUGGAAGUGUCGAUCGGCUUAAAAGACUCGACUCAUUUAACCGUACUACUGAAGAGAGGCAGAAAUCUAGUUUGUUCCGAUGGCGAACCACCCAAUACAUAUAUCAAGGUUUAUCUGGUACCCGGAAAAGGAACUUGUCACAGGACUCGGGUCCGGCAUAAUUCGACCAAUCCCAGAUUCGAUGAAUCGUUUUCCGUUCCGCUCACACAAGAAGACAGCGAUAAGAGGAUAUUAAUAUCCGCUUGGCACCGAGACCAAUCUAAAAGAAGGAGUGAGUUCCUAGGCUACAUGUCGUUCGCGGUGAAAAACGUCAUGAAAAAGGAGGUAAACGGUACGUUCAAACUGGUGCCGCAAAGUUCCGGACGAAUGCCGCCUCACUCGACCCCGGCUCAUCGUCCACAAGAUCUAACAGUUAUAAAAACCGCCAGUUCCGACGACGAAGAAGAUAUUAUGAUCGAUGACGACCGUACACCCAGUAACCUCAAUCAUUCAGUGUCUAUCAAAACUAAGAGCAGUCAGAAAACGUCGAGGAGAGACGCGUCCGUGCCGAAAACUAGUAACGAAGAAAACAAAUUUUUGCAAUACCUGGAGCUGGAUCCACCGCUAACGUCCAGAGACAGCCGGUGUGGCCGAACACCUUUCACUGUCACCAAACGGUUGUCGAAGCCAUCGGGAUCUAGUUUUGGAUUUUCCAUAGCGUGGACCCACCCACCAAGGGUGGAACGAGUAGAAUGUGGCUUACCCGCAGACCACGCCGACCUAAAACCUGGCGAUUAUGUGGUCUUCAUCAAUAAGACUAACGUGGUGAUGAUGGCCGAAGACGAUGUCAUGGAGUUAAUCAAGUCUUGCGGUAAUCAGCUGUCGUUAGAAGUGUACAACAAAACAACAACAGCAAACCGCAGCAAUAAACCUCCCCCUCGGUCAACUUCCACCCCUGGAGUGCUCAAUCUGGCUACUUCAUCUGUAUCUCAGAGCGACACCACUAUGUCACUACAAGAACCGCCAAGGAGACGAUUUCACUUACCUCAAGUGACGUUCACAUCCGAGAAUUUAUCUGAAAACGUGGAUUCGCAGUUGAGAUGGAUUCAUCAGUUGCUCACGGCCGAACAGCAGUUUGUGUUGUGCUUGCAGUUCGGUAUCGGCAGGUAUUUGUUGCCGAUGGCCGAACGCAAGGACCUGCUCAAGUCCAAGGAGCACGCGUUUCUCUUUCAAAACGUACAAGAGUUGCUGCGCAUCACCGAGGACACGUUGGAACGGAUUAUCGACAACGACUGGAAACAUCUUGCGCGAAACAUGUGCAAGGUGUACGUUAAAAAAAUCGACCGGCUAAACGCGGCUUAUUACAAGUACUGCAAGGGUAUCAUCCAGGCGGACAGUCUGCUGGUGGAAAAGUCUCAGAACACCAAAUUCGUCGAGCUCAUCAAAGAUCCGCCCAUACCCGACCGGAGGCCGGAUUUGAUCACAUUUCUACACAAGCCUUUGGAGCAUUACCGAUACAUCUUGAAGUGUAUGCAGAUCAUACAGACCAACACGGAAAACAACGAAGACGAUUUCGAAGCUCUAUCGCAUAUCGUCCACGAGAUGCAGGCAACUUAUCGAUUCAUAACUGUCGAGUCGGGCCUAAUGGAACCGGAAGUGGACGGUAAGCCGUUGUUGUCGCUCAACGACUUAGAAGCCAGGCUCGUGUUCACCCGUUGCAAGCCUUUUACGUUAAACGUACCUGACCGUCAAUGGAUAUUUGCCGGCGAUCUGAGUAGGGUCGAAGGGCGUUCCGUCCGAUCGUAUUGGGUGUUAUUGUUUAAUGACAUUUUACUAUUUACUAAAGUCAGUCGGGACCGAGUGCUAUUCGUUACCGACGAACCGUUACCACUAUCAUCAAUUGCUCAAACUCAGUUCUCCGUCAAAAAGAAAGACGCUGAAUUCCGACUGGUAAUCAAUAACAGUGGACCAACACCAUCAGAAAGUUCAUGUCACAGUAGUCCUGCUAUGAUUGGGUGCAGCCCGCUGUUAGCCGAUUUAUCUGGUACUCUUUCCCGACUUCCCAACAAGAUCAAGGGUAGAGUGAUCGUACUCCGGGCGCCCAGGGCCGAGUUAAAAGCCGUCUGGCAAAACCUCAUUCAGCGACAAAUUUUGGCGUUGAACAAGAACGGAAUCAUGCCGGCCGACGUCAAAUGCAAAGCCUCCUCCCUGGCCACGCUUGACUCUCCGGACGGCCUUUUGGCAAACUCUCUGGCCACUCUGGACGACGGGGUCGGCGCCGACCGACUAAAGUCUUUGGCCGUGUCGCUGCUGGUGGACGAAAAAUGUCUUCUGCUCAGUAAAACGACUUGCGACAAGGCCAAGGCGUUGCACAUAUCGCAGUGGAUUAAGGGUGAACUUCGGGGUAGUCUCGACGACGAACCAGAAUGCGAUGUGACGGACUCGGACGACGAGACUGAUAAAGUUGAAUGCUGGACGGAGGAGCAAAUGAACGCCAUGAAAGCAGAAAUCCAACGUCGGUUGACCGGAAGGGACGGCAGCGAUAUAGUAGAGUACUUGACUUCUGACUCUGCAUCAGGGGUCAGCAGCCCAGACGACAGCCAUGUAUGUUUAGAGCAAAAAACGGCGCUCAAUAUCGUACACGACAAGGGUCAAAUGACGUGUGACAUUAAUGGCAAUCGACAGCCAGAUGCGUUCUCGCACUUGGAUCUAAAAAGCAAAAAAUAUGGCACCAUUGUAUCUUGCAAAUCGUUUGGCAAUGACAAUAGCAAUAGCAAUAGUGACAGAGAGAAGAAUAGGUCAAAGCUUAAGUAUGUAACUCCUCGUCGUUACCAGCUGCCACAAAGGUCUUUUUACCGUCGAAACCCUUCCACGCCUACAUUGGAUAGAGCCGAUAUCAAAAGCAACUUUUCAACCGAUAGUCUGGACAAGACGGAAUUUUCCUCAACGACCGAUUUCCGAUGGCCUGAAGACUAUUGUCCGGUGUCCAGUUGUUGUGUCUCCGAUAACGACAACGACUAUAACAACUAUGACAGUUCCAGCGAAGAGUUUUGGGGCACUCCAGAUAGCAGCACCACAUCGCCAUUGUCCGCAGAGGUAAAUUGGAAUGAGAGACCACCACACAAUAAUUCGUACAGCGCUCUCGUGGAAACAACUACGUCAAUUACCAAACAUCAUUCAAUCUGUAUGGAACCUUUAAUCGAAGAAAUGGACUCUUCGGAUAAUACAUUUUCGUACGAAUAUAGAAAGGACGACGAGCAGACGCUGUUAAAUCGUAAGACGAAGAUAUCGCCAUCAAUCACUAAAGAAAACAUCAAGCCGGAAAAACGGUCUAGUAAAAAUUUAUUUAACACGCUAUGGCGGAUGUCCAGAGGUAGGUCGAAAAUCACUUGCAGCGAAGUUAAGCUCAGCUCGAGUUUUAUACGGAAACGACACAUAAAGUCUGACAAGACCAAAUUGAAUAAAGAAAUUAAACUCAAUCUAGUUGAAAGUGUUUACCUGAUGCUUUUCGGAUAAUACUAUACUACGGUAAUACUACAGACUGAUUUUACUUUUCACUGUCAACAGAUACAUUAAUGACAAUUAACAAACAUUUAUGUGUUAUAAACAUAACAAAAGAGAAUUAUAAUAAUUUUCAUGAAUAUUGUAAUUUUUUUUUAAAACUAUAUCGAUUUUUUUUUAACUGUUUAGAUUACUAAGAUUUGUUUAUAGGUGACAUAAUAUGUAUAA